UUGAAAUUGACCGGAAAUUGUCAUGACUGUUGAGUAUGAGUUCAGUCUGGAGUGUAGAGGCGUAAAACAAACAAACAGUUCCUUGAUUCCGUGUUUAUAAAACUAUUAUCAACCCUGCGGUCGGCCUGAGCUCAGCCGAAGCAUGGCAGAUCCGGACCGAGUAAAGCCUGAGGACAGAGCCGAGCAGAAGAGCCUGGGGUCCGGGGACGCUUCGGCGAGCGGCGGGGUCUCCAAAGAACCCGCUGCGGGACACAGCAGACCCAAGGAGGAGGGCAAAGCGAGGUCUGAAGACGCUGUUGCUGCUGGUGAAGAUGAUGAAGAGGGAUCUUCUCUUCACCCCUCUCCUGCUAAAAAAUUGAAAUUGGAGCAAGACAAGAAAAAGGAGAAACGGCAAAAAGUUGAUGAAGAUGAAAUACAAAAGAUGCAAGUUUUAGUAUCGUCAUUCUCUGAAGAACAGCUGAACCGCUAUGAGAUGUACAGACGCUCGGCUUUCCCAAAGGCAGCAAUAAAGAGACUAGUUCAGUCCAUCACAGGAUCAUCAGUCUCUCAAAAUGUGGUCAUCGCCAUGUCUGGAAUUUCAAAGGUGUUUGCUGGGGAGAUUGUUGAGGAAGCUCUUGACGUGUGUGAGAAGUGGGGAGACACGCCACCUCUGCAACCCAAACACAUGAGAGAAGCCGUCAGGAGAUUGAAGAGCCGAGAGCAGAUUCCCAACACCAAACACAAACACAUCCUCUUCCACUGAGCUUGAGUCCCUAUACACGGAAAACGGCUCUGUGGAUAAGCAGAGGGAAUAUGGUCAUGGCCAUAUGUCAUUUUCCAGAUCUCUGAGGUGUCUGGAAGGCACUGUUGUUUUUAUCAUGAGGUUAACUGUAGACGAUGUAGUAAUACUUCUUACUUUAUUCAGUCUGUCAUCUCGAGAUAGCAGCUGAAUUAUAAACA